AUGGCAGAUUUUGUCGAUAUGACUUUGAAGAUUCUUUAUACAUUAGAUGACGGGACUAAUACAUCUAAUAGCAUAAGUUAUCUAGCUAGAUCUAAAAAGCCUCAGCGGGUACGAGUCGUGAGUAUACCAAAUCCAAAUGAUUUAUAUUCCAAUAAUAAUAUAAUUAAUCAUAACAAAAUUAACAAGUUUAAUACUGCUAUCAUUACUACUAAUAACAAUUACGACAAAAAUGAUUCUAAUGCUGAUAGAACUAGUAAUAAUAACAUUUAUAUUAAUAAUGGAAGUAAUAUUAAUGAAAAAUUUAAUGGACUUAACACUAAUGAUUGUGAUAUAAAUUUAAAUGUUGGUUUAAUUAAUCUAUCUACUGUAUUAAAAGAAAUCUAUACCAGCUCUCCUGAGGUCUUACAAAUUGAUAAUGAUAACAAUAAUAGCAGUAAUAGUAACGCUCAUACUCAAAUAAAUCGUGGUGAAGAUAUCAGAAUUGAUUAUAAUGUUUAUUAUAAAGACAUAUGUGAAGUUAAUGAACCUUUAGUGAGCUUAGGAUUACUAUCUGAUAUACAAUCUAGAUUAAAUAAACUUCGCCGUCAUAACAACAACAACAAUAAUAAUAAUAAUGGCAAUAAAGGGUCUAGAAAAAGUAAUAACGACAAUAAUAACAAUAACUUAACAGAAAUACAAGAAGAGGAUGAUGAAGAUAUUAUAGUGAUAGACGAGGAUGAUAUUAGUAGUAAUACUAAUACUGGAAGUGUUAACAAUAUAGACGUGCAAGAGGGGUUAGAAGAACAAGAAUAUGAUAAUAAUAACGACAAUAAUAAUGGUGAUAAUGAGGACAACAGUGAAAAUGAGGAUUAUGAGGAUGAAGAUGAAGAUGAGGAUUUGAUUGUUACGGGUAGAGUUUGUUCUAACUUUUCGGCAUUAUUACGUAGAUCCUACAGUAAUUCCCAUAAUAGUGUGAAUAAUAAGAACAAUAAUAGCAGUAAUACUAAAAAGAAUUCGAAAAAAGAUCUUUGCAUGAAUACAUUAGAAAUAAAAUUAAAAUUCUCUAAAAUUAUUGUACCUAAGAAACCAAAAUAUAUUCCAAGAGCAUCAACAAUUGCAAGACGUCAGAACACUAUGGUAAUCAGUCCGCUUUCUAUAGCAUCGCCAACUGUCUCAACAGCUGUUCGAACUGCGACAUCUGAAACAAGUUCAACUCCACAAUAUUCUGUGCCCUCUUUGCCAAAGAAGAUAAACAAAAUUGUUAAACAAAAGAGACAAACUAAUCCAAUGCCAGCUCCAAAGGCUAAACGUACUCAAUCAUUACCAAUAUGGAAUUUGAAUGCGUCAGGGUUGGGCUUACGCAACGGUAAGACUUCUAUUGCACAUAAGAUAUUUAUGGCUGAUAGAUUAAUGGAAGAGCAUAAUUCAAAUUCAAAUUCAUCGUCAACUUAUCCAAGAACACAAAUGUUCACAUAUGAAAUUAAUUCACUACAGAAUGAUAAUACCGUCCAAAGAAAUAUCGUUGAUGAUUCGGUUAGCAAAAGAUUUGAUUUUAUGAAUAAAAAAUUAAAUAAUAAUAAUUCUAAUGGUAAUAGUCCAUUGAAUGUAGGUGGAAUAACAGCUAAACAAACAUCCACAAAAACUAAAAAAAGUAAAGCUAUCAAGAAACCAAAGGCCAAGAGCAAAUCUACCAAUACUACAGCGUUGAAGAAUAAAAAAAGAUCACAGUCACAAUCACAAAAUACCCCAAUUUUAAUAAACGAUUCAUUUGUUACUGUUGACUCUAAUAAAGAGAAUGUUCCACCUUUAAAUAACAUCAUUGAUCAUGAUGAUGACAAUAACGCUAAUAUAGCUCCGAUCGCAGAAAGAAUGGAUACAAAACCUAUUGAUCCAAUUCAUACUGAUCAAUUAGAUUUAUACUCGUUAAAUUUUGACGAGAAUGCAUUAAAUUGGUUUGAGGACGUAACAAAGAAUCAAUCAGAUAAUAAAGAAACAAUGACACCAGCAUUUAUAUUUGAUAAUGAUACUUUAAAAUUCAAUAAUAUAAUGGUGGAUCACAGCGGUAAAAAUCAUUAUAAUAGUAACAACAGUACAUCUAAUACUAACGUUAAUGCUAAUACUAAUACUAAUAAUAAUAAUAAUACUGUAACACCAAGAGAUAUCAUAGAUGAUCCUGACAGGACAAGUCCAUUGGAUACACUAUCUAUGCCAUUAAUGGAAUUAGAAGAAACACGCCCUAGUUUAGCAAAUUUAAGUAGUGAAGAUGGUUUAGUUCAUAGUCGUCAUAAUACAGGCUCGAAUCAAAAGGGUAAAAAACACAUUACAACUUGUCAGGAACAAUUGAAUAGGUUACCUAUUUUAGCACCAUCUCAUUCUAAUCUCUCACAACUGAACUCUAAUAAUAAUAAUAAUAAUAAUAAUAAUAAUAAUAAUAAUAAUAAUAAUAAUAAAUCAAGAGUUAUUAGAAAUGAUCUGGCUGGUACACCUAAGGAGUCUAAUAAUAUGGACGAUGCUGUAGGUAGUGAAGCCACUAUUUUAUUAAAUUAUAAUACAUCUCCGAUAAAUAUUUUGCCAAAUAAUAAUUCUUCAAAGAGUAAUCUUAGAAAUAUCAACAAUUAUAAAAGUAAUAAUGAUGAAUUUGAUGAAGAAGAAAAGAAAAGACAGAGAAUAUUACCUUCUUCUCCAAGUAUGAUCUUUGAGUAUAGAUCUGCUUCACCGCAAACAGAUGAGAAUGAUGGUGAUAAUGAAGAUGAUGAGCAUAUGACACCAGAUUUGUUCACUAAGUUUAUGAAUCAAAAUAAUGAUAAAAUGGAUAACAUCAGUAAACUUGAUCAGUUAGAUGUUCUACCAAAUGAUAACAAUAAAUUUGGUAGUGAUUUUAAUGAAAUGGGGUUUUCUAAUGAUGGUAUAUACACACCAGCUACCACCGUUAAUUUUACUAGUGAUGAAAAAUAA